AUGCAGUUCAAGCUCAUCUCCAUCCUCGCCACCGCUCUGACGGUCCAGUCUGCCUACGCCAUGUCUGCCACCCAGCAAGGCCAGGCUAUGGAGCAGAGCGAGCAGAGCAAGCAGGUCCACCAGCUCGAGGAGCUCGCUCACCACAUCCACGUUCAGCAGAUGACUGAGCUCCACCAGCUCGAUAUCGGUCUCCUGGGACUUAACGCCACUAGCAUCACCUCUACCUUGAACAGCGUCGCCAACGUGUUUACCACCACCGGCAAUGCCAUCAGCAACAUUACUUCUGUUACACUUGCCCAGCAGCUCCCUAACAUCAUCAGCAGCCUCAACGCUCUGGCUGGAAACCUUGUCACCAACACCGGCAGCAUCAUCACCACUCCUGUGACUUACACCUUCAGCCAGGCUGACCAGCUGGCCAUCUACAACGCUUUCAACACUCUCGUUCAAGCCAACACCCAGCUCAUCAACUCCUUCGUCGGCCCCAACGGUCUCCUCACCUUAUCCUCCCUCCGCGGCCCCGUCAAUGUUAUCCUCAACCUGAUUGAGCGUACCGUUCUCAACCUGGCCGGUGCCAUCAUUGCCCGUAUCCCUGCCCACGCCGGCCAGGCCCAGAGCCUGCUGGGCCAGAUCCACGCCUCUUUAGCUCUGACCAUCAACGUCUAA